GGAGGUGAGAUGAGGUGAAAGAAUUGGAAUCAAAUAAGUGUGGGCCUCACUCCCACAUUUAUUUGCUAAUGAGACCAAGGUGGAGCCUUCCUACCCUCUUCCCUCCCAUCUACUUCGAUUAAUUCACUCAAGAAGGAGAGGCUAACCUCUGCAAAUCAUCAUCAUCCAUUGUUGAGUUAAGCUCAAUCAAGUUGAAUGCUCAAGAAAGAAGAAAAAGCGGAAAAAUGAAGAAAACCUUGAUUAAUUAAGGAAUCUAGGAGUGGCCGGAAAGUCGCCGGAGCCACGGGAGUUUUUGCCGGAAAAUUCAAAGGUCGCCGGAGUUCAAACAAAGAGGAUAAAAGCUCGUUAGCGUCAUUUCAAGGGUUCAAGGAUCUCCCAGCUUACAACAUGAUUUUGGGGACGCCAUGGUUGCAUCAAAUGGGAGCCAUUCCGUCGACGUAUCACCAGGUCGUCAAAUUCCCAACGCCUUGGGGGAUAGAGUCCAUUCGGGGAGACCAGGUGGUAGCCAAGUCUUGCUAUCAGACGGCCAUGAAGCCUACAGCAAACCCUCCAACUUCAGCAUAGCAACUAAAGGGUGACCCAGCUUUGGAGGAAGAUGACGAAAAGACGGAAGAAGUAGUCAUCGACAACGAGCAUCCAGAACGGGUCAUCCGCAUCGGGACAAAUUUGCCAGCAAGCCUCAGAGCUGAACUGGUCCAGUUUCUUAGACAACAUAAAGAUGUAUUCGCUUGGAGUCACAAAGACAUGACGGGAAUUGACCCGAAGAUCAUCACACACAAGUUAAAUGUCAAUCCGUCAUAUAAACCAGUCAGACAACGAAGAAGACGUUUUGCAAGGGAGCGGAACGACAUCAUAAACCAAGAGGUCGAGGCUCUUCUCCAAACCGGGAAAGCUAGAGAAGUCAGAUAUCCAGAUUGGCUAGCUAAUGUCGUUGUCGUCAAAAAGAAGGCAGCAAAAGGAAAAAAGGCGAAGUGGCGUGUGUGCGUGGACUUCACCGAUUUGAACAAAGCAUGCCCAAAGGAUUCAUUCCCCAUGCCACACAUUGACGUAUUGGCAGAUGCGACUGCCGGGCAUGAGAUGCUCUCGUUCAUGGACGCCUUUAGCGGAUACCACCAGAUUCAGCUACAUUGUGAUGACCAAGAAAAGACGGCCUUCAUUACUGAAACAGGUACGUAUUGCUAUAUUGUUAUGCCAUUUGGUCUAAAAAAUGCAGGUGCAACGUUUCAAAGGCUCGUCACCAUGAUGUUCAAAGAUCAAAUUGGGAAAACCAUGGAAGUAUACAUAGAUGAUAUGAUCGUCAAGUCAAGGAAAGCUGAGGACCACGUUGGCAACCUGGCAGAAUCAUUUAAGAAGUUGACAGAAUAUAACUUGAAGCUCAAUCCGGCGAAAUGCGCCUUCGGCGUGUCCUCAGGGGAAUUCUUGGGUUAUAUUAUCAGCGAACGUGGAAUAGAAGCAAGUCCAGAGCAGGUCCGAGCUAUCAUUGACAUAGAAUCGCCAAAGUCAGUCAAAGAUGUGCAGAGGUUGACAGGCCGAGUUGCUGCUCUGAACCGCUUCAUUUCCAAGUCAUCUGACAGAUGUCGCCUUUUCUAUGACGUACUUCGUAAGAACAAGAAGUUCGAGUGGACAGAUCAACACGAGCAGGCACUCCAGCAAUUGAAGGAAUAUAUGACAACCCCGCCGCUGUUGACCAAACCAAAGGAGGGCGACGAACUUCAACUGUAUUUGGCCGUCUCAGAACAUGCUGUCAGCGCCGUAUUGACAAAGGAAGAUGACGGAAUGCAGACACCGGUGUACUAUGUAAGUAAGUCAUUGAAUGGACCCGAGACCAGGUACGCUUUACUCGAAAAACUAGUUUUAGCUUUGAUUACUGCAUCGGUUAAAUUACGUCCGUAUUUUGAAUCACAUACUAUCUGUGUGCGGACUAACUAUCCCAUGAAGUCAAUCAUGAGGAAACCAGAAUUGUCAGGUCGCAUGGCCAAGUGGUCAAUCCAGCUGGGAGCCUAUGACAUUCGGUACGAGCCACGAACUGCCUUGAAGUCCCAGACGCUUGCUGAUUUUGUGGCGGACUUUAGCCCUAAGCUCCAAACCGAAGCCGAAAAAGAAGCAUGCAUCAUCACAGACGGUCUGCCUCAACAGAAGUGGACAUUGCACACAGACGGGGCGUCGAACUUAAACGGAGCGGGCCUGGGAGUAGUGCUAAAGUCGCCACAGGGGGACACUAUGCUCCAAGCCGUUCAUUGUGAUUUUAACGCCACAAAUAAUGAAGCGGAGUAUGAGGCGCUGAUCGUAGGCCUAACUUUGGCAAAGGAUUUGGGCAUCAAGCUACUCCAGGUAAAAUGUGAUUCCUUGUUAAUAGUUAACCAAGCUAAUGGUGUUUAUGCAGCAAAGGAUCCCAAGAUGACGUCCUACCUGGAAGUCGUCAUUAAAUUGAUGGCAUGGUUCGACGAGAUCACACUUGAACAAGUACCAAGAGAAGAGAACACACAGGCAGACGCUUUGGCCGCAAUUGGGUCAUGUCUGGGGGCAGAGGUCAAUAGUAACAUCCCUUUCAUCCACUUGACAAGUCCGGCAAUUGACAGGUUGGAGUCCGUCAGCACAAUCAGUUCGUCCUCACAAGACGACUGGACGCAGCCAUACAUAGCAUACCUGAGACAUAACAUCUUGCCAUUAGACAAAAAGGAAGCUAAGGCAUUCCUCUCCAAGGUAACCAAAUUCUUAUUAAUCGAUGAUGUACUGUUUAAAAGAUCUAAAGCAGGUCCAUACCAAAGAUGUUUAGCACCUCAAGAAGCCAUGAGGGUGCUCAAAGAUCUUCACGAAGGCGAAUGCGGAAACCAUGCUGCGGGGAGGAGUCUGUCUAACAAGGCUCUCCGAUUUGGAUACUACUGGCCAACCAUGCGGCAUGACGCAAUCACCUUCACUCAAAGCUGUCAGGCUUGUCAAAAACACGGUCCGAUCCGUCAUCAGCCAUCAGAGUCGCUUCAUCCAAUCCUCUCACCCUGGCCUUUUAUGAAAUGGGGAAUGGACAUCGUGGGAAAGUUGCCCGAAGCUCCAGGACAGAAAGUUUACAUGUUGGCAAUGACGGACUAUUUCUCAAAAUGGGUAGAAGCUGAGCCAUUCCGUCAGGUACGUGAUGAGCAGGUAAUAUCUUUUAUCAAACGUAACAUACUUUGCAGGUUUGGCAUCCCAUCGGAGAUCGUGUGUGAUAAUGGAUCCCAGUUCAUAAGUGCAAAAACCCGACGCUUCUGCGAAAGGUACAACAUCAGGUUGGAAACGUCAACCCCUAGAUACCCGCAAUCCAAUGGACAAGUCGAGUCUAGCAACAAAAUCAUUGUGUCCAAUUUAAAAAAAAGACUCGAGAAAGCACAAGGCAGAUGGGCUGACGAGUUACCCCUGAUAUUGUGGGCUGACAGGACGACUCCAAAGAAUGCGACCGGACAGACUCCUUUCUCCUUGGUGUAUGGCUGUGAGGCGGUCAUACCAGCAGAAAUUGAAGUGCCAUCUUCAAGAUACGGGCUUAUGACUGAAGAGCGGAACAACGUCGAGUUAAUACAUGAUCUUGACACCAUCGACGAAAUUAGAGAGAAAGCUAAGAUCCGUCUACAGUCCUAUCAACAAAUGGUGGCAAAGAGUUUUAACAAGAACGUUCGAGCAAAGGUGUUCAAGAAAGGAGAUUGGGUUUUGAGAAGAGCAUUUGGAAACGAAGCGAGUGGGAAAUUCAGCCCCAAUUGGGAAGGUCCGUAUAAGAUCGUCGACAUUAUUAGACAGGGGGCAUAUCGCUUAGAAUCAAUCGACGGUAAACAGGUUCCUAGAAGCUGGAAUGCGGUACACUUAAAACUUUUCCAUUUUUAAAUAUUUUUAUAUCCUAUUUAAUGAUCCGAUUAGAGCGAGUCACUAACUUAAGCAUCGGAGGGCCGUUGGCUCAAAGCCAACGGCCAGACCUAACAACAUUUUGAGGUGCAGGAAGCCAAAAGAAGCGCUGGGUAGGACCCUUGGAUACGUCAGACAUCCUGGUAAGGACCAUGACGUUUCAGACAUGACAGAUCUGUCAUAACGUCAUGGAAAGUUUGCAUGUCACUUUGAAGUUAUGCCUUAUCUUCCGAGUCGACUCUUGGCAGGCGACAGGUAAGCCUCCCUGGUGCGUUGUACGUAUCAGGUGCGACAGGUUUGUCAAAGCGUCACCACCGGUAUGUAUGUGGUUUUGAAAUAUAACUUCCCGUCUUACCCUAGACCGGGUAAUAAGUUUAACCUAAA